AGCCAAACAAAACAAAAAUAAAAAGGAACACACAUAUAACCGAAAAUGACAUCAUCAGCAGAACUAGAAACCUUGCGGUCCGAAAUCGAGCGCCUAACACGGGAGCUGGAUCAGGUGAGCAGUGAGAAUAUCCAAUCGGCCAAGUAUGGACUUGGGCUGCUAGAAGAAAAACAAAACCUGCAAGUGAAAUGUGAAGAGCUGGAAUCGCUGUACGAGAACACCAAACAUGAACUCGACAUUACACAAGAGGCUUUACAAAAGUUUCAAAAAACCCAACAAGUCACCACGAAAACAGGCAUCGAACAGGAAGAUGCAUUGCUCAACGAAUCGGCGGCGAUGGAAACAUCCCUCAACAUGCAGAUCGUGGAGCUGGAGAACGAAACCAAACAGCUGCGUCACGAGCUAGACCGUGUCACGAGCGAACGGGACCGUAUGCUGCAGGAAAAUGCCGAAAUCGGUCGCGACAAGUCUGGCACAGAUGCGGAACGUGCACGGCUGAAAGCUGAGCUGAAGGAUAUGAAAUAUCGCGAAGCCCGUAUGCUGGCCGAUUAUUCGGAACUGGAGGAGGAAAACAUUUCGCUCCAGAAGCAAGUGUCCAGUUUGCGCAGCUCUCAGGUGGAAUUUGAAGGCGCAAAGCACGAAAUACGACGACUCACGGAGGAAAUUCAGCUGCUAAAUUCACAGGUGGAAGAAUUGGCUAGUCUUAAGAAAAUAGCUGAAAAACAGAUGGAAGAUGCCUUGACUGCACUGCAAGUUGAACGGGAGAAUAAAUACGCUUUGAAGAAAGAGCUUGAUGCACAUAUCAACCGUGAAUCGAUGUACAAUAUAAGUAAUCUGGCAUAUAGUAUACGUAGCAUGGAAGAAAAUGCCCUGAACAGCAGUGACUGCGAAGAUGAGAUCCCUGCAUUGAGAGAUUCUACCCUGAAACGAUUAGAAGCUACGCUCGAGGCCGAAACAGCAGACCUUAAAUCACCCGACGGUACUAAGGGUGACCUGUUCUCCGAGAUCCACCUGAACGAGCUUAAGAAGCUCGAGAAACAGCUGGAAACGAUGGAAACGGAGAAGCUCUGCCUGACCGCCAACCUGCGUGAUGCGCAACAGAAUCUGGAUAAAAGCCAGAACGAUUUGCAAAACUUUAUGGCAAAGUUAAUGUUGCUAGCAGCGCACGUCGACGCACUACACACGCUCAAAAAGCAAAUCCAAAUCGAGGAAAACAUCACUGUAUCUGCUGCAAAGGAUAAGGACGUGAAUGAUAAGUUGAACGAAGCCAUCAUGCAGUACUCGAGUUGGUUUACACUAAGUUCAAAGGAAAUAGAUACGCUCAAGGCUGACCUGGCAGAACUUCAGAAGGGUUUGAACUGUUCCGACGCAAUGACCGUAUUGCGUAACGAAAUAACGAAUCUAAAGAACAAGCUGCUGUCGGUGGAGCAAAAAUCGCUGGAUUUGCACAGUGACAUUCAAGUGCUUACAACACUAUCGCAAACUGCCGGCCAGAGUUUGAACACGACACGAACCAACUUGGUUGCAUUGAGCGACGAUCUGGCACAACUCUAUCAUCUUGUAUGCACCGUUAACGGGGAAACUCCAAAUCGUGUACUGCUGGACCACAAGAACGAUGACUUAAGCUUCGAGAACGAUUCAUUGACUGCGAUUCAGUCGCAGUUGAAAUCGGACAUUCUUACCUCGAAGCCGCACGUUUUCGAAGACCUGCAAGCACUGAGCGAUGCGGUCGAAAUUCGCAAAUAUGUUGAUACCGUAAGCGACCAGAUACGGUACCUUAAAACGGCCGUCGAGCAUACAAUCGAGCUGAACAAGGAUAAGGUGGUGACCGACUCAUCCGUCACGUCCUCCGGCGAUGCAAAGGAGGCGAAGGAAGAGAUCGCCGAUCUGCACGAACAGAUCAUCAAGCUGCGCAGCCUACUGUCGACGAAGCGGGAACAGAUUGCAACGCUGCGAACUGUGCUCAAGUCAAACAAGAACACCGCCGAAGUUGCACUGACGAAUCUGAAAUCGAAGUACGAAAACGAGAAACUGGUCGUGAGCGAUACUAUGUCCAAGCUUCGAAACGAGCUCCGCAUUUUGAAGGAAGAUGCGGCAACAUUCUCAAGUCUUCGUGCUAUGUUUGCUGCCCGUUGUGAAGAGUACGUCACACAGGUUGACGAAUUGACGCAUCAGCUUGCGGCGGCUGAGGAGGAGAAGAAAACGCUUAACCAGCUACUCCGGCUGGCGGUACAGCAGAAGCUAGGUUUGACCCAAAAGCUCGAGGAGCUUGAGAUGGAUCGUGAAAUGCGCCAUGUGCGCCGUCCAACAGCUUCACAGCGCGGGGGUGGUGGUGGUGGAGGCGGAGGCGGCGGCAAGUCGGCCUUCUCUCGCGGCCAGCCGGCACGGAACAGCCUUCAGAAUCCGAACAGCAACAGCAAUAGUAACAAUCCGAACCAAGCUUUCUUCUAACAUAAGGUGAGCGUACAACGUAAAAUUUUGGCUUUCCUUUACACACUUCUUAAGCUGUAAAGCGGAAAAACACACGCGGGUGAGAUGGUUAUAGUUUUUU